AUGAUACCGAAAUCAACAACCAAAUGUGAUCAAACAAAUGAAGAAACCGAAUUAAUUGACCUUGAUCAAAUGCUUAGUUCUCUCAAUUCGGGUAGUAUUAAAAAAAUGUCACAAACAGACCUUCAACAAAUUUAUUCACGUACUAUAGCUCAAGAAAAAUCAUUAACAUUUCAUCAAAUGAUUUAUCUAUUGGCAAGAGAAAUUUAUGGGUCAAGUGAUUCGAUUGGUCAAAUAUUAAAUUCUAAUUCAGAAAUUUUGGGCGAUGAUUUCAAUAUAAAUAUUCUAAACUCUUCUCAAAACAUAUAUAAUUAUUCUACAUCUACAAAUGAUCACAUUAUGCAAGAUAUACGAAAUAUAUAUGAACGAGAUAUUUUAGAAAACAAAGGGGAACAAAAAGAUUACAAUAAUACGUCAAAUCAUAAUGAUACAGAACUUAUGUCUAUGUAUUCUACAUUGCAUAAUAAUGUAUCAGAAGUUCAAGAUCAGGAACUGCUACCAGAGCCUAUCAUAGACCUUGGACCAUCAUAUGUUAAUGGGAAAAAGGUUCUAGAAAAUUCACAUUCACGAUUUGAAGAACCUGAUGAAAUAAUAAUUCAACGAAGACCUUUAAUAACCGAAACUCAAAAUUCUAUUUCACCUGCUGAUAAAGAAAAUAAAAGUCCAUCAAGGUUUCAAGCACGGCCGCAACAAUCAAGUUAUUUAGCAUCAAAUAUUCAAACUCAAAAUCAUAGUGAUUCUCACCACAUCAAAACGGUGAAUGGAAAUGUUUCUGAAACUUUUUUGAGACAAGAACAUCAAAGAGAGGAGAUUAAAACUGAAGAGAGUGCUCUCGACUUCUCUAAAUUUCCGGAAGCUGUUGAACGUCCUUGA